UCGUUGAAUUCUAAGUUGAAGGCCGUUUACUCUCUCUCUCUCUCUCUCUCUCUCUCUCUCUCUGCAUUUUUUUUUCAUCUUCUUCUUCUCCAAAUCUCCGUCAAUUGAAAUUCCAAAACAACCAUUUUCUUGAAUCUACAUUCACCCACAUUAUCAACCACUAUACUCACAAUGGACACAGUGUUGGUACCACCAUGGUUAGAACCAUUGUUGAAAACACCGUUUUUCAAUAUGUGUCGGAUUCACGCUGACGCAGCUAGAAAUGAGUGUAACAUGUAUUGUUUAGAUUGCAACAAUGGCGACGGUGCUUUUUGUUUUUACUGCCGUUCUUCAAGACACAAAGAUCACCAAGUCAUUCAGAUAAGAAGAUCUUCGUAUCAUGAUGUAGUGAGAGUAUCAGAGAUUCAGAAAGUGUUAGACAUAAGUGGAGUACAAACAUAUGUGAUAAACAGUGCUAGAGUUUUGUUCUUGAAUGUGAGGCCACAACCAAAAUCUGGGAAAGGAGUAGCACACAUUUGUGAGAUUUGUGGAAGGAGUUUAUUGGAUUCAUUUCGGUUCUGUUCUUUGGGAUGUAAGCUUGAAAGAAUAAAGAAAAAUGGAGAUUCAAGCUUUGCUUUAGAGGGUAUGAGUGAAGCAUUAACAAUGGAAGGGGUAUCAAGUAGUAAAUCAGAAGAAGAAUUGCGUGAAGGCUCAACACAAGAUAUGUAUCCUGUCACGCCUCCUCCACCUCCCUUAAAUUCAAGGAGAAGAAAAGGUAUUCCUCAUAGGGCACCUUUUGGUUCCUCAUUCUAAUGGAAAGAUUAAUUCCUUGGUACAUAUUCUUCAAUACAACCCUAUUUGGUGGGAAAAAACCUAUUAUUAUUAUUAAUAUUAAUAUUAAUUAUUAUUAUUAUUAUAAUUCUUUUUUUACAAUAAAGGUGAAAAAGAAUAGGAGCCUUUGGAGGGGGUUUUGUCCAAGGUACAUGAUGAUUUAAUUUUAUUAUAAAAUUGGAAAUGAAAAGGAAAGAAAGGGUAUAUAGGAAAGUUCCUUCUUUUCCGGUUUGGGUCCCUAAAAAAAUACAAAUUCUCUCCAUUGUGAAAGAAUCAAUAAUGCAUAUUUGUUUAAUAAUUAUUAUUUAAAAUAGUUGGGGGGUGUACAUUUCAUUAAGAAAUUAAUUAAAAAGCAAGUCUUUGUGGAGUCCGUUUUUUCAUUGCCCCACCAUUCACAUGGCCGUUUACAUAAAGAAGAUAACAACAUCUUUUUUUUUAUUAUUAUUUAAUAUAUUUUUCAUUUUAUUAAUACGUGUGCAUGUAAAGUUACAAUGGGGACAAAUCACCUUUCUAUUUAUCCUUUUUAUUGUUGCCAAUUUUGGAUAUCUCAAUGGAUUGGUCACACUUUCUCUAUGUUUCCCAUUUAUAUUUUUGAAUCCGUCCUCUCUCUUUCUAUGUUUUCAAUCACAUUAUUGAUCAUUUUGUUACUCAACUUAUGUAUUGAUUAAUUCAUUUAUUUAAGCAAA